AUGCAGGGAUUGCAGACGGAGGCAGUGGUCGUCGGCGUCUACGUCGGUGACGAGCUCGCAGUGGGUUGCGGUGGUCGCCAGGCUGGUCGAGGUGGUCAGACGGGUUGUGCGUUGCGGUGUUUGCGGUGUCGAGCUCGAUUGGUCAUGGCGCGUCGGCAACAGUCCGGCAGGUCAAGAUGGGAUAAUCCAUGGCCGCAGCCAAACAGAGGCUAUCGGGACAAAGAAAACGAGCCGAGGCUAUGGGGAGUUCUAGUUUUUGGAUUAAUAGGGGCCACUGUUACCACCUUUGCUGUUACACAAUUGCGAAGAACGGCUGGCUGGGUAUAUUCUCAGUUGAGCAGGUCUCAGUCAUCAUGGAAGGAUCGGCGUUCUUCCCGAACCAGUUUUCAGGAGGAGGCAUGGAAAAGAUACAAUCGUCGUAUGCAAGAAGAAUAUGAAGAAGAAAUGGAGAGAGUGGAGCGAAUUCGACGGAUGCAAAGUGUAUUCAAUAGAGAAAGAAAUAAAUUCAAGAGGAGUUAUGAGAGCUGGCAAGAAUAUGGUCCAGGUGCGUAUCAUCAGAAGUUUCAGAGGAAUGAUUGGUACUAUAGUGCAGAUAAUUCAACUGGAGAUCGUAAUAGCAAUUUUAGGGAGACUCCUAGAGCCAGUGCGAGUUCUCCUUUAUCACAUCAUUACUCAGUCCUUGGCCUUGACAGGCGGAGAACAAAACCCUACACAGAAGAUGAGAUAAAGUCAGCAUUCAGAACAAAGGCAAAGCAAUUUCACCCUGACCAAAAUCAGGAUAAUAAAGAAAUAAGCUGUCGGUUGGGGGCUACGACUUUACUCGCUGUACUGAUUAAAGGAUGUACUAUUUCAAGAAGGCCUUAUAUCAGGUUCAAUGAGUGUAAAACCGAUGGGUGA